GGGAUAGUAGUAAUAACAAUUUGCCUAACUAUGGUUGCAUACUACAUAAGUAAAAGGUAUUCAUUGCUUGAACUCGAUUAUUGGCAAAAUCAAGGGGUUAGGACUGGAAAGGUUAGCCAAUGGGCCAGGUAUACCAAACAGUGGUAUGACUGGGAACAGGAGUUGUGCCGUAAAAAUGGCAAACUAUUUGGUAUUUACGAGACGACUAAACCUGUGCUGUAUUUGUCGGACCCGGAGUUGAUUCGCGAGGUUUUGGUCAAAGAUUUUCAUGACUUCCGUACGGGUGCUGAUCCUCUGUCUGACAAUAUG